AAGAAUUCUGUUGCCAUGCGACGGUAAUAUACAACUGUCAGUUUACGGACACGAAUUGUGGCGUAAAUCAGAAGGACAGCAAUUACGAUUUUUUGGUGAACAUUUUAAGGCAUUUUUUGCUUAUUACUAUUUACAGUCUACAUAUUUUUCCAGUACUUGCUGGCCGACAAACUACAGUGCACGUAUUUCAGCCAUGCCCCUUCCAGACACACUGUACUGUGCCGAGCAGAUCAACAUUCCACCAGAACUACCAGAUAUCCUCAAAAAUUUCGCCAAAGCAGCCAUCCGAACGCAGCCCAUGGACUUGCUUGCCUGGAGUGCAGCGUACUUCAAUGAUUUGUCUAAAGGAGAGUGUCUUCCUGUCAAGGACAGACUAGAGAUUGAUGCCACCACCCAGAAAAUGGACCCCAGCUUGACUCCAGGUCUACUAAAAACCCUACACAAGCAGCUGUCCUCCAGGAAAACAUGUAGCAAGGAGGAACUGCAGGCCAAAUGGAAGGGCUUGUGUCUUUCACCCAAUCAGUUGGAUACUCUGUUGUCCUUGGGCGGCUUUGAUUCAGAAAUCGACUGGAUUGAGUUUUUCGCUCUGGGCUGCAGUGCUCUAGGAGGGACCCUCUUAAGCUCCAUGAAGUUUGCCUGUGAGAUUCUGACAAAUGAUGAGGAGGGUGGUGCUGCAAGGAUCCCAUUUGAUACCUUUGUCCAAAUCUAUACUUUCUUGGCUCACCUAGAUGGAGAUGUACUACAGGAACACAUUGACAUCUUCCUCAACAGUUUGAAGCCACAGGUGGAGUUGCAACAUGGGAUGAUAAAACCGGCGAAUUUCAGCCAUUGGGAGGAUGUGGACUUUAAUUCUAGAGAAUCACCAAAUCCUGAACAAAAGUGAAAGAACGCUGGUGACUGAAAAAGUCAGCUUGACUUUUCUUUGCUUUUAUUUGUUCAUAAAUGAUUUUAUUUUGAAGAAAGUAAUAAUACUUUCAGCGUGAUGAAUAAAGGUUAUUGAAACAUAA